AUAGGGCUUAUUUUCUUCUCUAGUCUUUAUUUCCUCUGAAACGCAUGUCAUAACAGUAAGCUCUGAAAACCUACCUUCUCUUUCUUAACUGAGGAAAAAAUCCAAACUUUACAAAGUAGUUUAGCGCGUAGUAUAAAUGUUGGAUGUUCCUAUAUGAUUGCAUCAUAGUAGUAAAAGAAAUACCAUUUGAAGUCAUUAUUCCAAAUUAGUUGAGGUUUCAGAGUUCCUGAUAACUCUGAAGUACAGACUCUAAAAUUUCUUGAGUGAAUCAUUGAUGUCCUGUGUCAUUAAAAACAAUCAACCCCAGUCUUGUUACUUUUAGAAGAAUACAUAAACUGAGCUUUGUUUGAAACUUGGACUAACCUGACUCUGAUAGAGACGUCACUGCAAAGUUCUGAGCAUUGUUACAUAGUCUCAUGAUUACUUCACUGCUCAAUGGAGGACGCUACUCUUAGGUGAUGUUUGCUAAGUGGAUAUUAUGUAUUCCUGCCUAAUCUAUAUAAGCAACCGUAACUUAUCAAAGCAAAGCAAAUUUUCAAGUCAUAAAAAGAAAAUACAAUGAUAAUGAGCCUUGAUUAUUGUCUUUGUUGCACACUGCAUCAUGUUAAUAACUGCUCACACUGCUUUCAAUUAAUCUAAUCGUGAUUGCUUCUAACCUCCACUAAACAGUUGUGAAAAUUGCUGUAGUUUAGCCUGUGCCGUUUAUGAUUAGAGCCAACAAUUUGAAAUGGCCAGCUCACCUGAUGCAGUCGUCUCUUCUCCACGAGUUUUCUUAAGGUCUGGCUCAGUUUAUGAACCUCUUAAAAGCGUUAAUCUUCUGAGACCUGAUCAUGAAACUCUAUGGGAUAAACUGGAUCAUUACUACAGAAUCGUCAAGGCCACAGUGCUGCUGUAUCAGAGUCCAACCACGGGCCUCUUCCCCACGAAAACCUGUGGCGGUGACCAGAAGGCCAAGGUCCAGGACAGUCUGUACUGCGCUGCUGCAGCCUGGGCCGUGGCUCUUGCAUACAGGCGCAUUGAUGAUGACAAGGGAAGGACCCAUGAGCUGGAGCACUCAGCUAUAAAAUGCAUGCGAGGAAUUCUCUAUUGCUAUAUGCGGCAGGCCGAUAAGGUCCAGCAGUUUAAGCAAGAUCCACGCCCAACAACGUGUCUUCACUCGAUAUUCAAUGUGCGCACAGGAGAUGAGGUCCUCUCCUACGAGGAGUAUGGCCAUCUUCAGAUCAAUGCGGUGUCUCUGUACCUCCUUUACCUGGUGGAGAUGAUUUCCUCGGGCCUGCAGAUCAUCUACAACACAGACGAGGUCUCUUUUAUUCAAAACCUUGUAUUUUGUGUAGAAAGAGUUUACCGGGUGCCUGACUUUGGUGUCUGGGAAAGAGGAAGCAAAUAUAAUAAUGGCAGCACGGAGCUACAUUCGAGCUCUGUUGGCUUAGCAAAGGCAGCUCUAGAAGCAAUCAAUGGAUUCAACCUCUUCGGCAACCAGGGCUGCUCUUGGUCAGUCAUAUUUGUGGAUCUCGAUGCUCAUAAUCGCAACAGGCAAACUCUGUGCUCACUGUUACCCAGAGAAUCAAGAUCUCAUAACACAGAUGCUGCCCUGCUCCCCUGCAUCAGCUACCCUGCAUUUGCCCUGGAUGAUGAAGCUCUGUUUAGCCAGACCCUUGACAAAGUGGUUAGAAAAUUAAAAGGAAAAUAUGGAUUUAAGCGUUUCUUGAGAGACGGGUAUAGAACAUCACUGGAAGAUCCCAACAGACGCUACUACAAACCAGCUGAAAUUAAGCUCUUUGAUGGCAUUGAAUGUGAAUUUCCCAUAUUUUUCCUGUACAUGAUAAUUGAUGGAGUUUUCAGGGGCAAUUCUAAACAAGUAAAGGAAUACCAGGAUCUCCUGACUCCAGUACUUCAUCAGACCACAGAAGGUUACCCUGUCAUACCAAAGUACUAUUUUGUGCCAGCUGAUUUUGUAGAACAUGAAAAAAGAAACCCUGGUAGUCAAAAGCGGUUUCCUAGCAACUGUGGCCGUGAUGGAAAGCUGUUUCUUUGGGGACAAGCCCUUUAUAUCAUCGCAAAACUUCUGACUGAUGAAUUAAUCAGUCCUAACGACAUUGAUCCUGUCCAGCGCUAUGUCCCAACGCAGAACCAACGUAACGUGAGCAUGAGGUUUUCCAACCAGGGCCCACUGGAAAAUGACCUGGUGGUUCACGUCGCGGUCAUAGCAGAAAGCCAACGCCUUCAGGUUUUCCUCAACACGUAUGGAAUCCAAACGCAGACUCCUCAGCAGGUGGAGCCCAUUCAGAUCUGGGCCCAGCAGGAGCUUGUGAAGGCUUAUUUCCAUCUGGGCAUCAAUGAGAAGUUAGGACUCUCAGGGAGGCCGGACAGGCCCAUUGGCUGCCUCGGCACAUCCAAGAUUUAUCGUAUUCUCGGGAAGACUGUGGUUUGUUACCCGAUCAUCUUUGACCUUAGCGAUUUCUACAUGUCUCAAGAUGUUUUGCUGCUGAUAGAUGACAUCAAGAAUGCCCUGCAGUUCAUUAAGCAGUACUGGAAGAUGCACGGGCGCCCCCUCUUCCUUGUGCUCAUCCGGGAAGACAAUAUAAGAGGUAGCCGAUUCAACCCCAUAUUAGAUAUGCUGGCAGCUUUUAAAAAAGGAGAGGUUGGAGGAGUCAAAGUUCACGUUGACCGACUGCAGACACUAAUAUCUGGAGCAGUGGUGGAGCAGCUUGACUUCCUGCGCAUCAGUGACACAGAGGAGCUUCCAGAAUUUAAGAGUUUCGAGGAACUAGAGCUUCCCAAACAUUCAAAAGUCAAACGACAGAGCAGCGCCUCCAGCACUCCUGAGCUGGAGCAGCAGCCAGAUGUCACCAUUGCUGAGUGGAGAAAUAGGCCGACCCAGGACAUUCUGCAGAAACUGCAAGACUGCGGCUGCCUGGCGAGCCAAGUCAUCCUGCUGGGCAUCCUGCUCAAGAGGGAAGGCCCAAAUUUCAUCACAAAGGAAGGUACCGUUUCUGAUCACAUCGAGAGAGUCUAUAGAAAAGCUGGCAGCAAAAAGCUUUGGUCGGUGGUGCGCCACGCAGCAAGCCUUUUAAGUAAAGUAGUGGACAGCCUGGCCCCAUCCAUUACUAAUGUGUUAGUGCAGGGCAAGCAGGUAACUCUGGGUGCCUUUGGGCACGAGGAAGAGGUGAUCUCGAACCCUUUGUCUCCGAGAGUGAUCAAGAACAUCAUCUACGACAAGUGCAACACCCAUGACGAGAGGGAGGCAGUCAUUCAGCAGGAGCUGGUCAUCCACAUCGGCUGGAUCAUCUCCAACAGCCCCGAGCUGUUCAGUGGCAUGCUGAAGAUCCGCGUGGGGUGGAUCAUACACGCCAUGGAGUAUGAGCUGCAGAUCCGGGGUGGGGACCAGCCCGCCGUAGACCUGUACCAGCUGUCCCCCAGUGCCGUCAAACAGCUCCUGCUGGACAUUCUCCAGCCCCAGCAGAAUGGACGAUGUUGGCUGAACAGGCGUCAGAUCAACGGGUCUUUGAACAGAACCCCUGCGGGGUUCUAUGACCGCGUGUGGCAGAUCCUGGAGCGCACGCCCGACGGCAUCAUUGUAGCAGGGAAGCAUCUGCCACAGCAGCCAACCCUGUCCGACAUGACCAUGUAUGAGAUGAACUUCUCUCUCCUCGUGGAAGACAUGCUGGGGAACAUCGACCAGCCCAAGUACAGGCAGAUCAUUGUGGAGCUGCUGAUGGUUGUAUCCAUCAUCCUGGAGAGAAACCCGGAGCUCGAGUUUCAGGACAAAGUCGACCUGGACAACCUGGUGAAAGAAGCCUUUCAGGAAUUUCAAAAAGAUCAGAGUCGCCUGAAGGAGGCUGGCAAACAUGACGACAUGACUGCCUUUUACAACACUCCCCCGCUGGGACAAAGAGGGACCUGCAGCUACCUGACAAAGGUAGUGAUGAACCUGCUGCUGGCGGGAGAGGUCAGGCCAAGCACUGACGACCCAUGUCUGGUGAGCUAGUGAGGGAGGUGGCGGAGGCUCUGUGGACACGCGCUUCCUAGAAGUGGGUUAAGUUUUGUGCUGGAGCUGAAUGAAGGUGGCCACUAAUGAGUGCACAGAUCCCGUGGGGGGGGCGCAGUUGCCUGCCUUUGACAGCUGUUGGCCCUCUUGCCUGCCAUCACCCAUCUAACGGUAGGAAACGCUCUCAGUCAAGUGCAAGAAGUUCUCGGGGUCAUGCCACCUACAGCCACAGUCUUUACUGAGCGCUAGAAGUAGUUUACAGAUUGGAAGUUCACCGCUGCAUGUUUUGUGAUCAAAUAGCUCAUCAAAAUUGGCCAUUGCUUCCCCACUCACUGCCAUCGCAGUGCAUCUGUGCACUGGGAACGCACAGCUGCUGCUGGAACCAGAACUGUUGUGUGGCGUUGUCAUGCUCAACGACAUUCAAAUGCACCAGCGAAGCAAAACAAGCCUCUGACGUUCCUAUUUUCAGAAACCGUGUUAUUGGUAAAAUUUUAGUAUACAGAGCUACUGUACAAGUUUACCUUGUAAAUGUGACGAUGGUUUUGUGUUUGUCCUAAAUAGGGGUUGGACUAAAAUACAUAAAUCUGAUAAAAUAUUUGUAAUUUUUGUAUUACAAAUACUGAUAAUACCUGAUCAAACAUUUUCUUUGAGUUCUACUAAAAAGAGGAUGUGUGUAAGAUUAUUUAGGAGUGUGAAUGGUUAACCUACUUUGUAUUAGUAAAAACAGAAUUAAAUGUUACUAAAUUUUAUUUCUGAAUUAAUGAUAUUCAGAACACAUUCUUUGUUCUCAUGUUCACAAUACUGAGUUUGUUACCCAGAAUAUUUUUGUUUAAUGAUCUGGAGAUGGGAUGGAAGAGAAUCUAUGGUACAUUACACAUAUUUUGCUAGUAAAUUUCCUUAAGCAAACUUUAAUAAAAACAGAAAGUAGAUUAAACA